GGGUAAGAAAGGCAAACAGUUGAGUAGGGGGAGAAAGAAAUGAUUGUAAAAGCAUCAUUUAAUACUCUAUAUAAAUCAGAGUUGUAACGUAUGUUUGGGAUUUCCAGGACGACAAUUAUCAGCAUUUUAAGUAAAAUUCGAGCAGAGGGUAACGUUGAAAACAAGCCCCGAAGUGGGAGGAAAAAAUCUCUUAUUCGGCUUGUGAAAUGUAACAAAAGAUCAAGUUUGACAGAUGUGACCAACAAGCUAAAUGAGGGGAAGGAUGGUGAAUUUUGACAGAAAACUGUGUCAAGAAAUUACAGUAAACGGGGUACAAAAGACGAGUUACAAAGGAGAAAAGGGUGUUUUUUUGAGUGGGAAAAUGUGCUAUGUUCUAAUGAAAGUCAAGCUGUGACAGGGAUGGACAAUCGUGUUUAUGUGUGGAGAAAACAUGAUGAAGGCAGAAAACAAGAAAUUACAGUAAGCGGGGUACGAAAGACGAGUUGCAAGGGAGAAAAGGGUGGUUUUUGAACAAGGUGAACAAGAAAAAGCGUGUAAAAUGGUAUAAGGAAAGGAAGACUAGACGAAUCAUCGAAAGUGGGAAAAUGUGAUAUGUUGUAAUGAAAGUCAAAUUGUGACAGGAAUGGACAAUCGUGUUUAUGUGUGGAGAAAACAUGAUGAAGCCAACAGACCCAUCUUGUCUACCCGCCAUCUCGGAAGGGAGAACCUUAAGAAGCUGUGUGUCAACAGUGCAUAAUGGGGCGAGAUUACGAAGUAGAGGACCAUUUGUCUCCAAUCAGUCACAAUUCUGUCUCUCCACUCAAACUUUUGAUAAUAUCCUCAUCGAGAGAGAGGAAGCUACAGGUGUAGCAGUAGUGAAGAUGAACAGAAAACCAGUUAAUAGCUUGUCCUUGGAAAUGCUAACAGACAUGCACCUGGCCUUUGAGAAGUUGGAAGGGGACAAAUCCUGCCGAGGAGUGAUUCUCACGUCUGCCAACCCCGGGGUGUUCUCAGCUGGCCUGGACAUCAUGGAAAUGUAUCAGCCCGAGGAGGCUAGGCUACGAGAGUUUUGGAGGAACGUUCAGGAAAUCUGGCUCAGGCUCUAUGGUUCUAGCCUCAUCACCAUUGCAGCCAUUAAUGGGCAUUCCCCAGCUGGUGGCUGUCUUCUAGCUUUGUGCUGUGAUUACAGAGUGAUGGCUGCUCCAAAAUUUACGAUCGGUUUGAAUGAAACCUUGUUGGGUAUAAUCCCUCCAUUUUGGUUUACAGAUACCUUCCUGAACACAUGUGGACAGAGGAGAGCCGAGUACUCUCUGCAGCUGGGGGAGAUGUUCAGUUCAGAGAAGGCUCUACAGGCUAACUUGGUGGAUGAGCUUGCAGACAUUGGACUAGUGUUCCAGAAGGCAAGAGAGCAGAUGGACGUGUGGCUCAAAAUACCAGAUUUAGCCCGACAAUUAACAAAAUCCGGUAUACGCAGCGGUCUGAUCCAGAAACUCAAGUCACGACGUGAAGAGGACAUCAAUACUUUUGUCAACUUCAUCAUGAAAGACUCAGUCCAGAAAACAUUGGAGGUUUAUUUGGAAAGCUUAAAGAAACGUAAAAGUUAAAUGUGUAAAUGCAGAUUAAAUCGAUGUAGAUCUGUGUAUUUACUAAUCAGGGACUUAUCUGUGAUCAUCAGCUAAUAGUGCUAUGCCUGGAUGGGCUGUCUAACACACUGUCAUGUAUGAUCUGUAUACUGGAUUUAUUACAGUUUGAUGAUGUUCUGAUGUUGCGUUCCAACACAUUAUCAGAACAUCA